UUGUUCAAUGUUCAAGCUUUUCACUCUACUCACUAGCCACUGUGUCGAAACUCGGUUAAGUUAGAUUUCUCCUAGUUAAUUUUUAUUUAAUUUUACUGGUGUUAUGUGUAAUUGCUAAUAAUUACUGUUUACCUAUGUAAAAUGUGAAACACUGAAUACAUUUAGUUCAUAAUUCCGCGUGACUCAUUUUGGAGCAGAGAUUUCGCUGUACAAUAGCUAUAUUGAAUAACUGGAGCACGUCAAAUUGUUAUCCGAUUAGAGUUUAAUGAUCUGAUCUCGUCUUGCUUAUAAAUGUUGAAGUAACUGUAUAACAGAUUCUAAUAUUAGACAUAUUUUGUAUUACAAAAUAUUAAUUUCUGUCAAAAAUGAGUCGACAACCAGAAAACCAUAUCAUGGAUAUUCCUCCUCCUGUAUAUACAAACAUGACAAAUAAUACUCAAACAGGAGAAUCAGAAAAUGGAAAUGUUGAUACAAUUCAGCAAAAUCCAAUUCAUGCACCGACAUCACCACAGCAUUAUGAUAUGCAGCCUCCUAGAUUGGACUUUUCAGCUCCUCCACCAUAUGAAGACUGUAACCCAGAAUUUGUAAAACUACCAACUUAUGAAGAAGUGCAAAUGGAAAAGAGAUUAGAAGGAGAAACAUCUCCAAGGUUGCCUGGAAGAGUUAUUGGAGGACCUCCUAGCAUUGGACCAUUACCACAAGAAAUACCUGCACAAACAUUGACUGUUCUUACAAUUGAUGCUGCACCUAAUCCAUGUGAAAUUGAUACUAAUUUAUUAGGCACAGACUAUAUGUUUCUAACUGCUUUUUUGGUGGCUUUGCUAUUCAAUUGGGUGGGAUUUUUGGUGUUAAUGUGUUUAUGCCAAACUGUAGCAGCUCGUUAUGGAGCACUUGCUGGGUUUGGAUUAUCAUUAGCAAAAUGGACGAUGAUAGUUAAACGAAAUACUGAGAUGUCUGAUUUAUCACCAGAAAGUCGUUCAAAUACAUGGCUUUGGUGGUUAGUUAUGGCAUUUGGAUUUUUGAUUUGUAUUCGUGCUGUCAUACAAUAUAUGAAUAUCAAACGUGGUUGGAGGCUACUUAGUGUUCCUGCACAAGAACGAGUGUUAUAUUUUUAUUAAACUUUUGAUCUGAUGGUAAAGUAAAGUAUAUGAAAUAUUUAUUAAAGUAUUUAAAUU